AUGAGUGACUAUCAAUCUCAAUUGCAAAGGUGUUUGCAUUCACCACCUCAUAAUAAUCAGUGUUCUGACUGCAAGGCGUUAAAUCCUACCUGGUGCUCUACCACUUUUAACGUCUUUCUAUGUACAAGAUGUGCUUCUUUGCAUAAAAAAAUAUUGAAUAAAGACCCUUAUUACUCAAAUAUCAAGUCAAUUACAUUGGAUUACUGGAACCAAGAUGAUUUAUACAAUUUGAUCGAUUUUAGGAGAGCCAGAGACUCUACAAUAAAAUACGACCUUUACACUAUUUCUGAUAACAAUUAUGACAUAGAAAAGCUAAUUGAAGGCAAAUAUAUGGACCCAUUAAUGAAGAAAGACAGAAUGAAGAAGAUAAGUAGAAGAAAGGUAGGUAAAUUACCAUUGUUGACUAACAGAAGAGCAAGAGAUUACGAAAUAGGUAAAUUUGCUGCUCACAUAAGACAAGUAAGAUCCAUGUCAUCAAAAUUCUAUACCGAAGAUAACAUUAUCGAGGCGCUAUCUUUAUCGCAUGGUAAUAUACAGACAGCGGUAGAUAUUCUUGAGUACAAUGAUACAUCAAAUGUCUCUGAUGAUGACGAUAAUGACUUUAAUGCGCCAACUUUGCCUAAAAGACCAGAUACAACAGCUGGACCAAGGGCAGCUGUCUUUGAUGGAAAUUCAGUUGCACCAACAAGCAGUAAUCAACCCAAGACCGUUGUUUUUGAUGGUUUAGAUACUAAUUUUUCACAACAAAUGUAUCCACAACAGACAAAUUAUUCACAAAAUUCUAUGCAAACAGGCUAUCAGCAACCAUUUUCCUCUCAGGUGCCAUUCCAACAGCAGCAAAUACAGCAACUUGGGCAGCAAACUUUUCAGCAGGUACCAGUACAACCAACAAUUCAACAGCAACAACAGCCAAUGUUCCAACAGCAAAACAUGUACCAGCAACCAACAUAUCAAGAACAAUCUCUCCCAGUACAACAAAUAAUUCAGCAGCAGCAGCAGCCUCUUCAAACACAACAAACUUUCCCCCAGGCAAUUUUUCAACAGCAACCCCUACAACCCCAGCAAGCAUUUCAGCAACAGCCAGGAUAUCAGCAACAAAUGCAGCCAUUAGCUUCACAAGCACCAACACAACAAGUUGUUCAACAACAGCCUUUCGUUCAGCAACAGGUCCUUCCACAACAACAAACCUAUCCGACUCAGGCGUUCUCUAAUAAUCCGUUUUCUUAUUAA